AUGUUCAAGAGCUGUCCACCGUCUCAGGACCUGGUCCAAGGCUGCUUGCUGACUGCAGAGAACUUGCUGAACCUGGGCCGGGUCGAGAAGAGGACGCUCUUCCAGGUGUCAGCCAGCAAGCUUCUGAACCGGAAUGAGCAUUUGGUCUCUGUCUUGAAAGAUGCUGCAAAGCGCUGCCACGAGCAGAGUCACAAUUGCCUGGUGGCAAGGUGGUUACCGCCAGAUGAACGCUAUCACAUCCUUCAAGCCUCCAUUAACGCCAUGAGCUCCUUGCUCGGCCCCAACUACGUGCACCAGAACGCCUUAGGCGACACGGACCUUUUCAAAUCAACCUGGUAUUGUGUGACAAUCAUGACACCAACCCGAGCUGAGAACCAUCUGCCAGAUGAGCAAAAGGUGUCGGCAACCACGCAAAGCCUUGAGACGUGCACCUUCACGGACAUGACACGCACGCCACGACCGACUCUCAGAAUCUGCCUCGUGCACGAGUCGGAGCUGAGAGGGAUAUCAGAUGGAAAGCUCCAGCCGCCAUCUUGGGGCUUCUUCAACAGCCGUCACGCCGAAAGGUAUCGGAUGCUUUGCGACUUCAGCAGAAACUUCCAGCAACAGUUAGUUCGCACACCAGCGGACUCCAAGAGCCUCAACUCACGAAGCCCUUUCACCAGCGAGAGAGCUCACAAGGCGGCGACCCCGGCCUUCAAGCCGGACGGAGGGAUGAUGAAGCGAAUCGUCUCCCAACCGAACUUGCAACUACUUCAGAAGGGCGUGCCGCAGAUGUCCAUCGGAAUGGGGCGAAUCGGCCGCGACGGUGGAGAGGCUGAGCAUGUAAAAGUUGCGGCUGCCACGGCGGAUGAGGCAGAUCGAAGCAAGGGCGCCUGUGACGACAAUUGUUUCUUGAGACUCCAUGUGCCGCACUAUGUCGGGCCGACGUCCGGUUUUCACAAGCCCGUCAUCCACCACACAGGCGACAAUGGAAGCCAGAACAAGUUCAGCAUGAACCUGGCAGAUGGCAGCUCGGGAGGCUCCCGUAGCCAGGAAGAGAGGUUGCAACGAACCUCACGUGUUUUUGCAUUCUUCGAUUCUUGCAGCUUGUCCGCCUCUGUCACCUGGGUCGCGGAACGGAAGCCCUUGGGCCUCCAGGGCGAUCUCCUGCGCGGCAAGGCCGAUCCGACGGUCGACGAGCCCUUGCAACAGCUGAAGGCCGUAUUGGAGCGGAAGCGCACGGAAGUGGGCUUGAUCAGGCUUCGGGCGGUCAGCGCGGACCAAUGGCCCGGGGCUCUUUGCAAGCUCAAGCGGCUCCUCGGCCCUUUCCUUGACGAGAGCCUGCUGCGGGAUGUCCUGCUCCGGUGGUUUCACAUCGCACUCUGGGACUCCUGGAGGCGCGCGCCUCCCGAUGGCGUCGGGCAGGAGGCAGACACUCUCGACGAGGAAAGUGCCUCUACGCCCCUUGCGAAGAUAGAGGUCGUGCCUCAAGCUCUCCUUGCCGGCCAGGAGGCACUGAAUGGAACUCGCGUGACAUUGGUCGCAGCGGUGGACUCCCAGGUUUGGAGGACGGAGGGCGGGCUUGUGAGCCACGGGAAGUCUGUCUGGCCUGCCUCGAGCCACUUCACCUUCGAGGUCUUCUCCUGGAAGUCGGCUCUUGAAGUCCAGGUGUUGGCCUCCAGCCCCGCGGCCUCAUCGCCAUCAGAGGUGGGCAGCAGCCGACUCGAGGUUCUCGCCCUGAUCCCCAACCGCUGGCACCGCUUGAAGGAGACGCUUUGGGGAGGCACGUCGCGUCCGCAGAUCGAAGUCGGCAUUUACGUCUCCAUCGAGCCACCCUCCAGUCGACCAGGAGCGGAACCGCUUGGGGAAGUCCAGGCAGUCGAAGCUGACAGCAUGCCGCAGCCGACACAAAGGGAGCUGCAGAAGAUGAAGCUUCAGGAGCUCCUCCAUGAUCCAGAAGAGAGGUCAGCAGAAAAGGAAAGUAAACCACAUCGGGAUGGCAAAAGCCAGCGAGAGCUACAGCGCGAGGAGCUUGAGCGGCUGCUGUCCGACGGCGGCCCCCCGACCGAGGAGCAGAGGAAGAAGGACCGCAUCAGGUCGCUGGAAGCCAAGAUUGCAGAGAUGCAGGCCGAGCUUGAAGCGGAGCGCUCCUCUGAACGAGCAAAGUCUGAUGUGCGGCAGAAGCGCGACCAGCGCCCCAGCUGA